CUCUGUGUCUGCGGACUCCUCCGGUGCUCUUACCGCGCUGAGCGAGCGGCUGUCCCCGCCUUUGAGGCCAUGGGCUGCGGCUUGCGGAAAUUGGAAGACCCGGAGGAUAGCAGCCCCGGGAAGAUCUACUCCACCUUGAAGAGACCACAAGUGGAGACCAAAACAGAGACUGUGUACGAGUAUGUGCUGCUCGACUUCAGUUUGGAAGGUAGCCGCCCCACGGUGCAGUAUGUGGCUUCGCUGUCUGAGCUGCCCCAAGCCCUGCAGCCCUACUACACCCAAGGCUACGUCCUGACCGCCCUGCACCCCAUCAUCUUGUCUGUGGGGCGCACCCGCUCGCUGCCCUUCAGCCUGCUCUACCGCGCCAUCCUGGCCCGACCCAAACCCAGUAAGCAGAAGGCGUCCAUGUGUCACAGUGUGCCGGUAUUGAGGGUGGAGGAGUGGCCGUUACCCGGAGAUUCACUGACUGGUGACACUGUCAGAGCGCUCAUCGACAGGGUGAACAGCAGCGCUCGGGGCGGCGUUCGAUUCGUCGGCUCCGUCCUCCAGCAGGUGAGCGGGAUCAGUAACGGGAGAGUGCACAGUCCGAAGAGGGGCUGUCGCUCCCCUCCGCAAACCCCUCCCCGCACCCCACCUGGAGAAAGAGAGCUGGAGGAGAACACCUACAGCCCCGAUCUGAGGUUGCUGGUUUUCUUCCACUCCUGGGCUCCGGGCUGCGCUCCUCUGGACUCGUUGGCCUGUCAGUACCAUCAGGGGGCGCUCUCCAUGCGCGUCUCCAGGAAGGGCCAGGUGGUCAGUGCCCUGGAGGCCGACUGGCUGGAGCUGACUGCCGCUUACUACCGCAAAGGCUGGUCCCUGGUGGACUCCUUCGUGUACUGGGACACUCCGAGAGGCGAGCCGGUGCCCAGGUCGCUGGAGGGAUUGUUUGUCUACGAAGAGAGAAGCACCUCUCCUCCCGCCAACGACACCAUCGUCGUAGAGCAGUGGACAGUCAUCGAGGGCUCCAAUGUAAAAACAGACUACGGACCCCUCCUUCACACUCUGGCUGAGUUUGGAUGGCUGCUCACCUGUGUGCUGCCCACGCCCAUCAUCCGACACGACAGUGAUGGUAACCUGGCCACCAAACAGGUUGUGUUUCUCCAGAGGCCCGUCAGAAGUCAGGCAGGGGCUCAACCGAGGAACAAGUCUCUCUCCGUGCACAGCGACGUGUCCAGCCGCUCUGUGAGCCGUGCGGUCAGCAGCUCCGUCCCUCCAGAGGAGCUCUCUCCCUCUGCCGGAGGCAUCGGGGGCUUCCCGGUGUUCGGAGGGGGUUACCCCAGCACCCUGUCCCACCUUGAGGAAGGCGGUUUCGAGCAGGAAGAGGGGAAGGCCGAGGUCACGUGCAUGUGAACAGGGAAAACCGAACGGAUGCAAGCUUUCUCUCGGGACUGAAGUUCAGGAUGUAGACAUUGUUAGAAUACUGGGGGAGAGUAUCUGAAUGAAGACCCUGCGUUCCUCCUCACAGCGGGACAACAGACUCUGUCAUUCGCCAUCAUGUUCACAACCUCUUUUUUUUUUUUAACAGAGACUUUAAUGUAGAAGAACUCAGCACUUUUUCAUGUUUUUAAUGAAGCCAUUAUGAGAAUGAGGUAUUAUUUACAGGCGGAUCUGUGUUCAAACGUUUAUAUAGAUGUAUGGGGGAGAGAAACAAGUCCACAGUGGACAUUUUACACAUAUUUAAAUGCAUAUUUUUAGGUGAUUACCAACUUUUCAUCAGAAACGGUGCUCAUGGGACAACUGUUACAGCAAUAUAAAGCACAAGCACACAUUUCUGCACUGGUGAUAGAAUUAUUUUUGAAACACCCACCCUAAAAUUUAAUUUCCUCACA